AUGACUUAUGCGCGAAAUGGUCACACAGCAUCUGUCUUAGCAAAUGGAUCAGUGUUAGUCGUGGGUGGAUUUAAUGGUAGUAUUUAUUUCAAUAAUGCUGAAUUAUACAAUCCAUCAACUGGUAUUUGGAUAUCAACAGGAAGUAUGACUUAUGCGCGAAGUGGUCACACAGCAUCUGUCUUAGCAAAUGGAUCAGUGUUAGUGGCAGGUGGAUUUAAUGGUAGUAUUUAUUUGAAUAAUGCUGAAUUAUACAAUCCAUCAACAGAUACUUGGACAACAACAGGAAGCAUGACUUAUGCGCGAAGUGGUCAUACAGCCUCCGCCUUAGCCAAUGGAACAGUAUUAAUUACAGGUGGAACCAAUAAUGGUGCAUUGAUCAGUGUUGAAGUAUAUAGUCCAUCAACAGGUACUUGGAUACCAACAGGAAAUAUGACUUAUGCGCGAAAUGGUCACACAGCAUCUGUCUUAGCAAAUGGAUCAGUGUUAGUGGCAGGUGGACUUAAUGGUAGUAUUUAUUUGAAUAAUGCUGAAUUAUACAAUCCAUCAACAGGUACUUGGAUACCAACAGGAAAUAUGACUUCUGCGCGAAAUGGUCAUACAGCAUCUGUCUUAGCAAAUGGAUCAGUGUUAGUGGCAGGUGGAUUCAAGGGUGGUAUUUAUUUGAACAAUGUUGAACUAUACAAUCCAUCGACAGGUACUUGGACACCAACAGGAAGUAUGAGUUACGCACGAAGAGGUCACACCGCAUUCGUCUUAGCAAGUGGAUCAGUGUUAGUUAUAGGUGGACAGAAUAAUGCUAGCCGUUUCUUGAGCGCUGCUGAAUUAUACAAUCCAUCAACAGGUACUUGGACACCAACAGGAAGUAUGGGUUAUAGACGUGCAUUUCACACAAUAUCCGUCUUAACCAAUGGUAUAGUGUUAGUUGCAGGUGGACUGAGUAAUGGUAGUAGUUUCUUGAACAGUGCUGAAUUAUAUUAA